AUUCAAAUAAUCGAAUGUAAUUUUGUUGUAAUUACAAUUAAAUACAUUUUUCAUGAUUUUGUCUAGUCUCCAGUUUAAAUUACAAUUGAUGACGGCAAGCGGGUAACUAUAUUUCAUUCAUUCAAGAUUAAAUUUUGUUUAAAAAUAUGAAUAAUCAAAAUGAUGGUGAGGCUCAUGUACAAAUGUUAACAGAUGUUUGCCAAAAUGUAUGUACAUUUAUCAAAACGAUUACAAUGAAUAACAUGUCAAAAGUUGAAAAAAUAAAUACCUUUGAAGUAAAAAUUAAUGAUUUGCAAUGUCUUUGUUCUGAAUUAGAAAUUAGAUUAAAACAAAUUGAAGAACAAGUUAAAACAUUAGCAAGUUUGUUAAAUUUUACAACUGACCAAGAUGCAUCUGCUUAUGAUAUGUUGACUCAAUGGAUCUCAUCACUUUCAAACAAAAAUAUUGAAAAUACUAAGAAAAGAAAAUUAUAUUCAUCAUAUUCACCUCUAAAAUUGUCCCUUAAAGAUAAAACUGAUUUAAAUGAAAACACUAAAAAUAAACCAAUGUGUUCAAAAACUGAAAAAGAAAACAAAAUAAAAUCUCAAAAUGAAUUAAAUAAUAUUUGGAAACUACAAGUUAAGCGUGAUGGGAAUCCUUCCGAUUUAUUAAAGAAAUCUAAACAAACUACAUUAAUGCUUCAACCACAAAAAGAAAAGGUGAAGAUGGAUAUUACUACUUUCAGCAGUCCAGCAUCUAAAAUGUCAGUAUUCAAUUCUUCUAGUUUGUUCAGUCCUGAGAUAAUUAAUUUGAAAAAUUAUUCAUCUAAUGAUAAUAUAUGUGAAAAAAAUAUAAAUCAUAAUACAGAGCUAAACAAUUUGGUUAAUAUUUCUUCUAGUAAUGUUAUUAAAAAUAUCAAGCCUGGUAAAAAUAUAUUGUCUAUAGUAAAAACGAAUUCUGUAAAGUCUAAAGAAACAAGUAUUUCACGUGAUCAAACUGAAAAACUCGAACAUUCAAAUGAUGAAACCAAUUGUAGCCCAAUAAAUGUAUCAAUAAGUUUUUUAAAUAAUACAAAAACGCUUAAAAAACAAAUCAAAAUUGCUAAUGGUGAUUUAUUAGAUAGUUUUGAUAUCAUUCCUGGUUUGAAUGAUAAAAAAGGUGAUUUACCCAAUUAUAAAUUUAAAGAAGAUCCUGUUAGAAAACGUAAUGAACGAAAGUUGUUAAAUGGUUGGGAUUGUAAAGACUGUUGCAAAUUUUAUGAAGAAAAUAAUGAUAAUCCUGUAGACGCAAAAAAUGCCAUGAAUCACUUUUCGAGACAUCGUUCUGUGAAGCACCAACAUCACGCUCUAACACCCGCAGGUUUUUGGGACCCAAUGUAAUAGCACCAAAAGGUAUAAAACUCCUAGUACAAUAAUUGAUUUCAAUCAGCUCUAUAACUUAUAAACUUAUAUAAUUUUUAUAGGUACUUUUAUUGUUAAAUAAUAUAAUAAUUGGGUCUUAACACUCAUAAGAUAUUAUGUACGAAAAAGAUAAAUAAUUAUGUUUUACAGUAUUAAAAGUAAAUAUUCAAUGUGUGUUGUACAAUUAUUUUUUUAUAAUAAUGUAUACACAGCAACUGCCCCCUCCUAGGGUUACUAGUAAUCAAUAGCAUACUUACAAAUGUGUAUUUAAUAUUGAUCAACAAUUUAUAAUAUACUGGUAUUUAAUAACUCAAUAAUAAUAAAAUUACAUCAUUAUUUUGUUUAACAUAUUUUUAUUUUUUAUAUUAUAGUAUGUAUGUAGAUAUUAGAUAAAUUAUAUUUUUCAAGUUUAUACCAAGUAUGUAUUAAUAAGUUAAUAUUUCUAAGAAAUAAGAAACUAAGAAUAGUGAAUGUAAAAACUAAAAGUUAAUUAAAUUAAGUUGUAUUUAUUGAUUUAUAAUAAUUUAAUAAUACUAUUAGGUAUAUGCGUAGGUUAGCAAAAGUAACUAAAUGUAUUGAAUCUCAUUCAAAUACAAUUUUGGUUAUAAACUAAA